AUGUCUUCUGCUACAAAAGAGGUCCUUUCCAAGGUGCGGCGCAUGAUUCCGCCAAUGCUAGAGAAGUUUCACAAGGGCCAGUUGGGUAGAGUCGCCGUCAUCGGUGGCAGUGAAAAUUAUACAGGCGCACCCUACUUCUCGGCCAUGGCGAGUGCAAGGCUGGGUUCUGAUCUGUCGCAUGUCAUUUGCACACCAGCAGCAGCAACUGUCAUCAAGUCGUAUUCGCCAAACCUCAUGGUCCAUCCGCUGAUGCGACAGAGUGAAAACGCCAAAAAGGAACACGAGCCUGCGGCUUGGAAUGCUUCCAAGGACCCCGAGUCCAAUGCUGACCACAUUGCGGCUCAAAUCAAAGACCUACUGCCUCGCCUCCAUGUCCUCGUCAUCGGACCUGGUCUGGGUCGUGAUCCUCUGAUGCAUGCUACUGUCGCCCGCGUUAUCCGCGCCGCUCGCGAGCAAGAGCUUCCCAUUGUAUUGGAUGCUGAUGCUCUGGUGAUCGUGCACACGCAGCCCGAGCUGGUGAGCGGUUACGACGGUGCUGUGCUGACACCCAACGUUGUCGAGUUCGGCAAAUUGUGCGACGCACUGAAAGUCAAGGUCGACGACAAUGCGCCUGAGACCGCGCGUGUUGAGGCUCUGGCCAAAACUCUUAAGGGUGUGACAGUGGUUCAGAAGGGUGCCAAGGAUUACAUCUCCAACGGCGAAACGACAUUGACUGUGGACCUUGAAGGUGGUAAGAAGAGGAGUGGUGGACAGGGGGAUACUCUGACUGGUUCAAUUGCCACAUUUCUGGGAUGGAGGAGAGCCUAUCUGGACCGUCUGUGGGAUGUUGGCAAGGACCCCAUCGGCGAGCACGAGUUGGUUGGGCUCGCAGCCUUCGGUGGCUCUGCUAUCACAAGAGAAUGUUCUCGUCUAGCCUUUUCUAAGAAGGGACGCAGUCUACAGGCAAGCGACUUGACUGAUGAAGUUCACAUCUCAUUUCUCAACAUCUUUGGUGAGGACGAUGAGGUAGAUGAAUCCAAGCUGUUACCUGAUAGCCUUUGCCAACCUGGCGCCAGGCUUGCGCCCGAAGGAAGGCGUCACGGCUAA